AAAAUCAAAUUAAGAGUUUGAUGGGAAUAAAUUAAUAAUACUCGAGAUGCCAAAAAAAAAAUUAAUAAUACUCGCAGAUUGAAUCUUGUAUUCUACUUACUAUAUAUAAUACGCUCCUUUGGUUACUAGAGAAACCAUAAACUUUGAGCAAAAUGAAGGCUAAUCUUUCCCUCUUCCUCAUCUUCUCGCUAAUCUUAUCAUUUGCUUCUGCCAAACAAUCUGGUCGUAACCGCACCCGCGAUCUUUCGAGCAUCAUUGCAAAAUCUCAGUUCGAAGAAAUGCUUAAGCAUAGAAACGAUUCUUCUUGUCCAGCUAGAGGUUUCUAUACUUAUGACGCCUUCAUCACCGCUGCAAAAUCCUUCCCCGGCUUUGGCACCACCGGAGCCACCGCGGCAAGGAAGAGGGAGAUUGCCGCUUUCUUCGGUCAAACAUCCCACGAAACCACCGGUGGGUGGCCUUCGCCAGUGGCAGAGGACGGAACAGAUACAUGGGGCUACUGUUCAAAGCAAGAAGAAAAGCCAUCGUCAGACUACUGUUCACCAAGCACCAAGUGGCCAUGCGCACGCGGUAAACGCUACUACGGAAGAGGACCAAUGCAGCUUAAAGGAAACAUCAAUUAUGGACAGUGUGGUGAAGCCAUCGGAGCGGACUUACUUAACCACCCAGCCCUUUUGACCAAGGACGCUGUAAUCGCUUUCAAAUCCGCCAUUUGGUUCUGGAUGACCGCUCAGCCUCCCAACCCAUCAUGCCACGCCGUGAUCAGUGGCCAGUGGAAGCCGUCAGCCUCUGACCGUGCCGCGGGGAGAGUACCGGGUUACGCUAUGAUCAACAUCAUUAUUGCCCCUGGUGAGUGUGGUAUUGGCGCAGACACUAGAGUCGCAGAUCGUAUAGGGUUUUAUACGAGGUACUGCAAGAUAUUUGGGGUUACAACUGGAAAGAAUAUUGCAUGUUACGGCUUUUAAUUCUUAAGCUUCCGUUAAUUGCUUCUGUUAACUUCGUUAGAAAAGAAGAGUUAAGUACUGUACUCUCUUUUUGUCAAUGUUUUCUCUCUCUCAUUCUCUCUCACUCUCUCUCUCUACCUUCAUAUCUUGUCU